ACUCGGAGCUCAGUUACCUAUAGGCAGCCUUGCGAUUCAGUUACCUAUAGGCAGCUUUGUGAUUCUCUCAUUUCAGAAUAGUGCUACUGAACCAUGUUGUGCUUUGGCUCAACAGGCUUUGAGACUGACCCCAACUUCACCUUCUUGUAUGGGUUGGGGUUGCUUCUUCUGUUCCUGUGCUACCUGAUGGGGAUUCCAUUUCCAACUGGGAACACCAAACCCAUCCAAAAGUGUCAGGGCAGAGCCAAGAGGAGGAGGAAAGGCGGUACACUGAAAGAUUGGAAAUGCCUUCAGAGAGAAGAGGAAGAGAUAAGGAAGCUGAUGUGUAAUAUAAGGAGCCCCCUAGGCCGGCAACGUGAUACAAUCCACUUUCGUCAACUGUUAUGUCCAGACCCCUUCUGUGAGGUGUGUAAUAACACAACUGCUGAGAUCAAUCGGAUGCGGUACCCAGAGGCCCUCGAAGAUGCUACUCCCUUGGGUUCCACAGCUCCUGUGACUGACUCAUUGUUCACUUCAUCCCCUGCCUUCUCAGCAGACCCUCCAGGAGACCUAAUAUCAGCUUCUCUGCCUGAGCCUUCCCUGCCACUUGCCUCCACCUUCCCACCUAACCCAAUGACCCCCUUGGCUGACUAUGUUCCACUCUCACCACCGGAUCACUCUUGGCCACCACAGCCUUGUCCUCCCUUGGAAUCUGAUUUCCCUGAGGACCAUUUCCCACCCCAACCCCUUGCCGUGUCCCCUCUCCCACCAUGUGAUGCUCAGACAGUGGACCCUGUUGUUCAACCAGAGGCCAAAUUGGCUCUAAAUACCAUCUUCUCUCUUGACUCCCCCGUUUCCCAAGAUGUCAACUCCUUAUCGGAGUUGUCCCAGACAAAGAAUCCCACUGAGACCUGUGCUUGUCAUCAUGCACCACCAACCCUGUCUGUUUCACCACCACCAGACAGCACUUUAACUGUGGCUCAAUCUAAAUCAGUUUCCAUCACCUUGAAGCCUGUUCCGGAGAACUCAUCUCCAGAUGGCCCUGUUGGAUUGUCCACUCAUAUCCCAACAACCACAGGCACUGACCAUGCAAGCUUGUGUGUCUCAGACUUCUCUUGGGGCAAAACUCAUGCCAAAGACUUCUUCCCUUCUACCUUGGCUCAAUGUGAUUUCAGCCAAGAGAUUCUUGCCCUCCGUUCUGAGGCUUCUUCCAGGGGAGACCCUGUGCCCUACGUUGUAGAGCCUGGCAGCCUGUCUUUCCUCAGCCCUGAAGUCCUGGCACUUCUGGAGAAACAAGUCCAAAAGAGGAGUGAUUUCUUGAUAUGGAAGGGAAAGAAGGGUUCUUUUCCAAAACAACUCAGGCCAGACUACACACUAAAUUCUUUGGGAAAAAUGUCAGAGUCAGUUGCUGCCCAGCCUGACUUGGCAGCCUCCCUUCCUUUCUGGAACAGCAAAGACAAAUCAAAGGAGCUACAUGUGCAUCAGCAGCCCCCCUACCCCCCCUUGGUAGAGGUCCAUUUACAGCAAACACCUUUGCAGGUCUUCUGGGGUCUCCCAACUCUGGAUACUGAGUCUUUGCCCUCUGUUGCCCAUGUCUCAGAGGAUUGUUCCUCAACCUUUAUUUUCAAUAGAAUCUCUACCUCCACAGACCAGGAAUCCCCAGGACUUCCCCCUCCACUUCCUCAGGCCCUGCCUGAGAUCCAGCCUCAACCCCAGCCUCAACCCCAGCCUCAACCCCAGCCCCUACCUCCCACUCAAGUCCAGCCUGAGACCUACCUUCAGUCCCCACUCCCAAUCCUGCCAUCUAGUCCUCUACCCCAGAUUAAGAGCUGUGGAGUGUGUUUUCAUAGACCCCAGAAUGAGUUGGAGUCUCUCAUCCCCUCUGAAAUUCAAGACCUAGAAUGGAAUGUUUUGCAGAAGCAACAGGCACGUUUGUGGGGCUUACCCGCUGUGGUUCAAAGAUCCCAUGAGGCCUUUUGUCCUUCGGCUCCUAACUUGUCUAACCGCCGGGCCUUCCAGGCCCAUGGUGCAGUCUCUAUCCUUCCUGGACAGUUUCCUCUCAGUGAUGAGCUUCGUAAGAAACUAGAGCAUCACCUCCGAAAGAGGCUCAUCCAGCACCGGUGGGGCCUUCCCCGCAGGAUCCAUGAGUCUCUAUCACUGAUGAGGCCUCCGAAGAAUUUUUCAAACAUACCUGAGGUGGGGCACUAUCGUAGACUCCAACAGACCUCUAAGAGUCAGAGUAGCAACACUCUAAAUGUUGGGUUGAGCCAACCUGAAAGCUUCCAUGAGGGGGACUCAGAAAUGCUUCAGCUAGAGGACCCCUUUGGGAAGGAUCUGGGAAACAACCCAGAGAAUGGGCCAAAAGAUCAUCUGUUGAGUGACCCAGAGAGCUCUUCAGAUAAGGAUAUGGGGUAUGAUGCUGAGGAAGAACUUAUGAGCCCAUCCGAGAAUACAUCAAGGGCAUCUGUGGAGAGACUAGGCCAAAGGCAACUUGAAAAUGUCCUCAGAAUACAUCUGAGCAAAAAGUUGGAGGAAAUCAAUGAGGGUCAGCUCCCCGGGACCGUGCAUAGUUCAUGGCAUACUAUGAAUCAGACAUUGCUUCAUCCUGAGAAAUCCCACACUGAAAUACAACAGAGAGUUCUGCCACCAUCAGUGGGUGGGGAAUAUUGCCUGAAUACCUCCCGGGAGCUUUCCUUCAUUGAAUCCGAUGCACAGCAGAUGCUGGAGUCCCAUAUUAAACAAUGCCAUCAUAGAAUGGUAGAGGGCCUUCCCCCUAAGGACUGUGAAUCCACAGCUAUCUUUAAAUUGAAAGAGGCCCCAUCCCAGUCCUUAUCCCAUUCGAACCUGGCCUGCUCAACCAACCUGAUUUCUGGGUCCAACUCAAAAUCUGGGGACUUCAAGUCCCUUAGAGGAAGCUCUAAAUCUCUCCAUGGAGACAAAGUGGGAACAGCAAAUUCAGCCCCCAUCCUGGAUCAUUCUCUCCCUGCCACCUCAACUGUGGGCAAGGAAGGACAGGGAAUCCCAGCAAAAUCACCGCGUCCUAUCAACCAUGGGCUUGCAGAGGAAGUUCAGGAAAUGAAGGAUGGCAGACAGAUUCUUCAACCUAUCAGACAGAGCAGCAUAGGCAAAGCAAGCCAACAGGGCAAGAUGGUGGUGAAUCCAGAACCUGUUUCUGUGCCCAAAGUGUCCAGGGAGUCAUUCAGGGUUGAGGAGCCAGAUGGGCGUCAAUCAAAACCUAGAGAUAUCUUGACAACCAGCCAGCCAGGAAGCCCCCAAAUGAUAAAUGUGAAUGUAAAUAAGGACAAACGUACUGUGACCAUUAAAAGCCACCCAGCAAACACAUCAAUUCCCCAGGAUCCUAAUUUAACAGAACGGCUGUAUAAGGAAUUAAGGCUUAAAUUGGAGCAAACACAGCAGAGGUGGGCCCAGAGCAAAGACAACGACCUGCCCCCCUCGACUUCCAAGGCCUCCCUGACUCAUGACCAGGAGGACUCCAGUGGGGACAUGGGAGCUUCCCAGGUGCUUCACGUCCGUGUGCAGGACACAGGAAUUAGGACGGAACAGCAGCAGGAUACUUGGGUCCCUAAGCAUGUCUUAAGGAAGCACCAGCACAAGAAUCUCCCACCAGCUACAGAGACAGUGAGCCCUCCGUGUUCCAAAGCACAAGAGUUUGGUGGAGGGGAUGCAGGGUUGGGGACAUCCCAGCCUAUAAGGAAGAGUUGCCCUCCUCGGGACGUGGCACUGGCGGAGAAGCCUGGGAGCCAAUCCUCCCGCACCCUAUCACAGAAAGGUCAGCCUCCCCAUGAAAGCCUUUUUAGAAAAAAAGUGAAGGCUAUUUUACAAUGGCUUAAUCCUGGCAGAAAGUGCAAAAGACAAGAAAACUCCCAGGAAAAGGGCAUCCUGCCAUGUGUGCAAAGCAGAGGCAUGGUUCAAGGUAGAGCUGCCUUUACUGGGAGGACCGAAGCUCAGAAACUCAGGAAAGAUGUUGGGAAGUUCUUAGAAGAGAAGAUGGGGCACCGGCAUGCUACAGAUAGCGCCUGUCCUCAACAGCCCCUUCUGUCCUCAGCCAAGUUUGGGAAAACUCGGAAGGAAGCACAAGUGCAGGCCCAGGCACAGCCUGCCCAGGGGCCUCCUCUCAGCUACAGGGCUCCCUCCUGUAAAGAGAGAAAUACCAAGUCCUGUCACCAACAAGCUGUCUUUGUGGGCCACAGCCAUUCUCCAAGUAUUAGACAGAUCAGGGACAAGGGCAGACACCCCCAGGAAGCUGUGGCACUUAAGGGCCAGCUGCUGUGUCAGAACCAUCGCCUGUCUGUGCCCCACAGGGAGCCUGUGCCCCACCCACACUGCACCUGCAGGCAUCAAGCUGGCCAGGGGCCUCAAGCCACUCUCACCAGUGCUAAAGGCACGGUAUUGGGAGAUCUGUGUCUAUCAUUUAGACAGAAAACCCUUGUCCAGAAUUUCGAGAGGGGGAAAUUUCGCAGCCUGAAUCCCACAAAAUAAUCCCUUUGAUUCUCCCCCAAUAAACAUUCCUCUAACAGU